UAGCAUUAAUACAAAAGUUAUUUUUGGAACUUUAGCCCGUACGGAUGUUGACUAUCCGAGAAGCCGUUUAUUUAGGUCGGCUAGGGUCUUUCUAGGGGAAGAUACAUGCAUGUGAGGUCAAGCCAUGACAACCAAUAUGAAAGAGUUGACCGGUCACACUGAACUUAUGUACAGUCCAGUUGCUAGUACCCAGCACAUCCCAGAUUCGGCCUCGGGGGCUAAGUUGGCGAAUGAACGCAAAGCCCAGAUCGAGGUGAUCCCUUGUAAGGUCUGUGGUGACAAAUCGUCAGGAGUUCACUAUGGCGUAAUCACAUGUGAGGGUUGUAAGGGUUUUUUCCGACGAAGUCAGGCUGGUCCGGUGAACUACCAGUGCCCUCGGAAUAAAAACUGUGUUAUUGACCGAGUGAACAGGAACCGGUGUCAGUACUGCCGGCUACAGAAAUGUAUCGCCCUAGGGAUGUCGAGGGAUGCUGUCAAGUUUGGUCGGAUGUCAAAGAAGCAGAGGGAGAAAGUAGAAGAUGAGGCAAAUUUUGUAAAACAGAAUCGUAUAAAUGGAUACGGUCCAUCCUCCCCGACACCGCUUAUACCCUCGCCAAACAACAACAAUCAAUUUACGGGAUACACAGAUCCAAAUUUUAUGUAUACAAGUAACGGGUACACAUAUGCUCUCCCAUCACCAACGGAAACACCACACCCAGAGACCCCAGUGACCUCCGACCCACCAUCAUACACUGUAGCGACCACAUCUCCAACGACAACGCAAACUGCGCCCCAUCCGGUGACUCUAAUCAGGGCUAUUGAUCUCAUGGAUUCUGUUACAUUUGGUAAAGCCAUUAUAGAUGCACAUGUACGGACAUGCUUGUAUAGUAAAGAACAGAUUGAUCUGGUGAAAUCCAACCUCCCCACACUGGAACUACUAGAGGCCUUUAAGAUUAUGACACAUAAACAGUUGUGGGCGGAGGUGGCUGAGAAAAUCACGAUAGCUGUCCAACAAAUAAUUGAGUUUGCCAAGAUGGUGCCCGGGUUUAUGGACCUCUCCCAGGACGAUCAGAUCAUGUUAUUAAAAGCAGGGAGUUUUGAGCUGGCAUUAAUACGAUGUUGCAGAGUGUUUGACGUCGCCAGGAAUAGUGUUAUAUUUGGAAACACUCUCUUACCACUAGAGGCCUUUGAUGGUUUUAAUGAGGAGGAAACCCAUUUAAGAGACAAUAUAUUUGAGUUUGUGAGGUCGCUGAUGACGUUAAAUCUUACAGAGACAGAGUUAGCUCUGUUUAGUGCCGUCAUGCUGAUACGCCCAGAUCGGCCGGGACUUAAAGAAUUACCUGACAUUCAAAAACUUUAUGAAAAGGCGCUGGCUGCGCUUAAGAUGGAGAUAGGGAAGAGCCAUACCGAGGACGGAGAACUGCUGAACAAACUGAUGAUACACGCAUUCUCACUUCAAAAUCUAAGUGCCCAACAUAUUGUGCUAUUGAAUAAGUUCAAACAGUCUGCUCCGGAAGUGGAGUUUCCUGCCCUUCACAAGGAACUCUUCAGUGUUGAAGGGCUAGAUAAUUCCUGAAUUGUGCUUGUACGCCACCAUUUUGUUCUGUUUACAUACUGCAGGGAGAAUGUGAAAGAUUUUUUUGGCAUUGUUCGGAACUUACAGAAAGAGAGACAAUGUUUAGCAUUGCGGUUGAAGCUAUUUUUUUCAUUUGUUGUGAAAAAAAGAUUUUGAAAAACAACACGGAGGAUAAUAGUUGUUUGCUGAAAGAUUUUAAUUGUAUUUCAGCGGCCUGGUUCAUUUCAUGUACAAUUUCAUUGUGUUUAUUUGUUUAUGUACAGAUUUAUUUUAGAUGAAUUGUUUAGCCCUAUCCAUCCAUACACCUUAUCCCACACUUUGUUUUUAAGUAUAAAGUUUUGAUUUUAUCAUUUCAAUCCUGCAAUGAGAAAAAGUUUUGAUGUACUGGAUUCCAAAAAUAUCAUUGUUUUAUAUCGUGUACGAAUGCAAGACAGUGGUAAGCUCUAUCAGUAGAGGAUCUCAAUUCAUCUUUUUAUUUCAGACAUGUCUGCUGCCAGUCAGGGUCACCUUAGGUCACCUUAGGAAGGUUUUUAGCAACAAGACAAUGUGUCAAGUUUCAGUGUACAAGUUUAAAAAAACCUGAAAUUAGUGAUAUUUUCAAAAUAUUGAUUUUAUCAAAAUGAAUUUUAAAAAUUACAUUUGUGUACCAAAAGUGAAAUUCACAAUCAUAAUUAAAGGGAAAAAACGGGCAAAAGGGGCAAAAGUUGCAAGUUUGCUUGAAUAUAAAUAACUUGAAAAUUUAGUUCUCCGUUAAUGAUGCUGGCUACAACAGGGUUCAGUCUUAGGGUCUCUAUGUAGUGCAGUAGGGUUGAGGUUUUAAUACAAAUCAGAAUUUAUUGAAAAGCUGUAUGGAUGGUUAAGUGGUGAUGUAGGCAGAUCUUUCAGGCCCAUUUGUGCAGAGCUUUUGAGUUGUAAAUAUCAAUAGCAGUCAAUUGAAACUGAAAAACAGUAAAAUUGAUAUGCUUAUUGAUAAUUCAACAAUCCAACUUCUGUUUUAAGCUUUGUUUUUGUAACAAUGCAGAUAUACCUCUUCUAAAAGUAUUCUAUAGUUAUAAUGUAUUCAUAGUAUGGCAUCAUGACAGUAUGACGGUUUAGAAUUACAUUUGACGGGAUAAAUCUAGGUCAGUUUAUAGUUGUUUGUAGGCCCUUUCCUGUUUGGGAUAUAUCGCCCCUAUUCCCUAUUUUGUUCUUAGUCAGAUUCAAAACAACCCAUUCAGAAUGUCUGAUUUAACUCAUGUCAUGUCUUGAAACAAGUUAUUCGAAGAAAUCUGAAAUUUCAAUGGCAACAUUUUUUGAAAUUUGAAUUUAAAAAUAAAUUAUGAAUGUUACACCAUUUAGAUACAAAAGAUCAUUUGGAAAAAAAGUUAUUUUUUGAAGUAUUGAUCUCUACCUCUCCUGAAAUAAAACAGUGUUUGAAACCAUUCAAAAAAACUCUGCAAAAACAAUUUUUAAAAGAGUCCAUGGUUUUCAGUUUUGAAACUUGUCCGCUGUUUUACUGUUUAUCGUUGGAAACUUUUAAACAAUUUCUGAAAAUGAAAUCGUUUUUGAUUCAAAUGAAUCAAUUCCUCAUGUGGAUAGAACAGAUAUGGUUGGAAGCCUCAGUCAAUUGGAGUGUUUUUAUCACCUAUCAUUUGACAUUGAGCCAUGCUGUAGUGAUGUGUUAAUGUGUAAUGUACAAUAUUAAAAUUCUGGUGAUGAAUUUGAUGUCUGCAGGGAUUAAUUAACUUGUUUAGUCACAAUUUAUUUCUCCGUUUUUAACCGAGUUGGAAGUCAUGAUUACUGGGAACGAGACAAACUCGCUAAUGCUAGUAAUGCAUGUUAUUAGGCUUCAGGGGCAAACCUUUUUCGUUGUUUUCUUUUAACAAAAAGUGAUCUUGCAGUUUGAAAAUGUUUCUAUAUGAGCAUUUGUAUACAUUUGAUUUCGAUGUCCCUCUUUCAGAGCAUUUAACACAUUCACCCUUGAAGACACAUUUGAACUCUUCCAAUUUAAAGGUUUGAAUAGUUCAUUAUGAAAUUUCAGCAGUGAAUGAGUUAAAAUAAAUAAUCAAGGUAUGUUGAUAGCCUGUUUGAUAACUAAUGUAGCAAAAAGCAUUUUCAGAAAAUAUUUAGUUUUAAAAUAUUUUUUUUGUCGCCCUUUGACAUUUAACAAGAAUUAGCAAGUUAUUUCAACAUCAUUAUUAUUUUUCCGCAAAUAUAUUUUUUACGACAUACCCUUGAUUACUUUCAAAUCUUAUUUACAUAUUGAAAUCUGUUAGCCGUUUUACUGUUAAAUUUGACAUUAUUUUAAUACUAAUAUUUCAUAUUCUCAGUAAUAAUGAUAUUGACAGGAAAAGGAAGGUCCUCUUUCUCUGUGCAAAGUACAAAAUAUCUUAAUUUUAAUUUUCAGUUCUUAGGAUUUUUUAACAGUGUUAAUACUAACAGAAAGUAAAAAUAUCUUUAACCAUUUCACCACUAGACUAUAAUGGACCUAUCCAGAUCAAUGCAUGGUAGAGUUUAUCAAAGUUACAUAGGGGUGAAAGGAUUAAGAUUAUCAUAAGACUUCAUGCAGACAGGUUUUAGCAUUUAUAUUUUACCUUUUACUCAUUCACCCCUGAAAUUUCAUAAUGAACUAUUCCAAGCUUUGAAUGGGAAGAGUUCAAAUGUGUUUUCAGGGGUGAAGUAUAUAAGAAUAUAAAGAUAAUGUUGUAGCUACUUUUAUAAACGUACCCCAAUACUUACAGUAUUGUUAAAAGAAAACAAUGGAAGAUGUUUUUCUGUAGCCUCGUGUUGCACUACUGUUAUUGUUGUCCUUAGUUGUUACCUGUAUUAUACUUACUAGCAUGUACUGUCCGGGACAGGCUCCUCCACCAAUCAGCUUUUAACAGAUUUUUUAUUACAUAAUUAAACCUGUACUCACAGUUUAAGCCUCAUUGUGUACAGCAACAGCUGAAGUUACCAUUUUAAAUUAUGAAUUUUAAUAGAAAGUAUAUAUUGACCACACAAUUGAAUUCGAAGAACUCUUCAGGUUCAAAGAUUGGAAUAGAUCAUUAUGAAAUUUCAGGGGUGAAUGAAUUAUAAAUCGAGGCGAAUAAAUGCCGCUGUAAACAACUCUGAUGUUGAUGUAGACAUUUUACAUAAUUCUCAUUAUAAGAAAUCAAAGGUAAUUGAUUGCAUCAAUAACGAUAUUUAUCAAGAAAUAAUAUUUUCAUUGAGUUCUUUUUUACUUGUUCGACAGUAAUCAGAAUAUGAAAUGCAGUUGCCAAAUAGAUUUCUUUUAAGAAUUAAUUCUGUCCUUUCGUCUAUGUUAGUUGGGGAUUUAUCUGAUGGUAUAGAUUUGUUUAUCAAAGAAAAAUGUGUUUCCUAUUGCCCAUGUUAAGUAUGAGAAGGGUGUUUUUUUGGGUUUUUUUUUUCCCAAAUAUUUCCUCUAUUAAUUAGCUGUACAUGGUGAAGUUUAAGUGAUGAAAACCAAUUUGAUUAUUGUUUAGUACUUCAAAAAGCUGAUUCAUGGAAGAUCCCGGACAGAUGCCAUUUUGCCUUUAGUGAAAUGAACGGGCAGUCUUAAUAAUAUAGUAAUUUUGUAAAUAGUGACCUAGUUAUAUAUACUGUAUGUAUUUGUAGGCUAACACAGAUUACAUACGUCACACCUAUAUCUGUUGUGUAUAUACUAUAUAUAUAUAUAUAUAUAAGUGAGGAAGUCGCACAAGAUUUUAACUGUAUACUGAUAUAAAGACUAUAGUAGACGAAAUCAAUUCUUUGUUGAUUCGUAUAUAUAAUCUAUAUAUAUUAAUAUUUUAAUUGUUAACGAAAUGUUCACAUAAUCUGAAACAGAAGUAUUGUUGAUGUAUUGGAAAAUACUUUUACCGACAUUUUUUGAAAUCAAGAUAAAUGAAAGUUUUGACAUAAUUACUGAUAUUUUGUGUUAUUUUCUCCCCAAAUCUUUUAUUUGAGAAAUAUAUUUGAUGACUUUCCACUCUUUCCUGAUAAACAUUUUGUCGACUGUCAAAUCAUAAUGUGUUUUUCUAAUAAUAAACAAGUCCGGUGAAAUAUUUGACCUAUUAAUGAAGGAGCGAGUUUUUAACAUCAGCUUAACAGUUUUCAAUUUUCAAUAAUUAAUUUCUUGAACAGUACAAUUGAAACAUAAAACAAUUUACAACACUACUUGAAUUUUAAGGGUAUUCUGUACAGCAUGAAUUUCAUUUUAACAGAAGCUGAAUUUAAUGAAGUGCUUAAUUUGAAAAUUACUUGAAAAUUUCAGAAAAGAUACCUUUUCAAAAUUGUCUUGCUGCAUCUCCUGUGAAACUCCACUGUGCUACCUGUUGAUGAGAUGGUCGGGGGAUUUUUUUUAUAACAUGGUAGGAAGCUGGCCUCACAAACAUUUUUUGGUUACUUUUGAAGGUUUUAAGAUCUGUUUUUAGUUUCAUUUUUAUGAUAACUUGUCCAUGCAUGCCAUUUUUGUUCCAACAAUCAAAUUUUCAAUGUUGUGGAAGUUAGUUAUUUGCGACCUGCAUAUAGAUUUAUAGUUUGAGUAGAAAGUUCAUUCUGUCCUAUAUCAAUGCUAGGCAGGGUUAGAAACCUCGGGAGACAAGGUCAGAGUUGCCUUAGUAAUCCUGUCUAACUAACACAGGUACCUUUCUCACGAUAACUUCACUACAACUACAAACUUUAUAUUGAUGGACAGGAAGUGUAAACAGUUUUGAGAUCACUUGGGUGGGUUUUCAUCGUAUUUGGAGAAAAAUAUUUGCGUUAAUUCGACUUGACAAUCAACUUCAUUUGAACCGCAAAUUCAGCACGGCGAAGGUAUAUGUUACAACAUUAUGAUGUAACAGUACAAAUGUGUGUGCGACACUGGAUCUGAUCAUAACAUUACAGAAAUAGUUUAAAACAAUCUUAGUGCUAUUAUACUGCUGUACAGAUUUUUUCUUUUAUUUGAACAAUAUAUGUGAAUAGUUUCAGUGAAAAUAGUUUGUUUAAAGUCUUAAGUAGGGUAUCAGACUGUUUUGAGAGAGAAAAUGGUUUCCUAAUUGUGUAUAUACAGACCAUUGAUUAGGGUGUAAGCUAUUUUAACCUUUUCACCACUGUAGACCGUAAUGGAUUCAUCCAGAUCAAUGCAUUGUAGAGUCUACUAAAGUUGCAUAGGGGUGAGAGGGUUAAAUAGCUGGAUGUGGUGAAUAUAUUUACACGUGAACAGUAGUGACGGAAUUUAGCAAAAAUCAAAUAUUAUCAUGAAGAAAGAAUUAUUUCUUAUCUAUCUAGUCGUAGGUUAUUAACCCUAACACCCCUAUGUAACUUAAGUAGAUUCUACCAUGCGUUGAUCUUGAUGAGUCCAUUAUGGUCUACAGUGGUGAAAGGGUUAAUAUGUAAAUCCAGAGAACAAUUACAAUUAUAAUGAGUAGAAAUUGAAACACAAUAAGAUAAGACUUGACGAGCUGAUCAGUGAGAUUCUGUGGAAGGAUAUAAGGAACUGUAAACACCAGAAGGGAGACACAUGACGAACCGACCAAUCAGGGCUCUAGUAGAGGAACAGAUAUGGUUUAGGUCAAAGUUUACAGGGCUUCGUUGAUGUCACUUGGUACUUGUUAUCAACAGAGAUUUUAUAGACUGAUUCAUAAAGCAGAAGUGUUCAGCCUUCAUUUUAAUAUGAUUUUGUUAUGUUUUCAGAUUUAUUGAUAUUGAAAUAAUUUGUUUCUAAGUGAAAGUAGAAUGACUUGAACCAAAGUUUGGAAUUAUAAGGGUAAUUUUUAAUCAAAAUUCUUUAUUGGAAAUUGAUUAAACCAUUAAAUUCAGUUGAAAAGAAAUACAACUUUAUAGGAAAUUAAUACAGAAUACUUAUAUAGCUGGCAAUUAAUUCAUAUGAAAUGUUUUGAUCCUAAACAAUAACAUAGUAUGCUUGGUGUCAUAAAUUGGUUUUGUUCUGGAGUUAUCUCCCUCUACCUGAAUGGUAUCGGAGCCCCAUUCCAGUGAACGUUUUAAAUUUGUAAUCAAAUGGACUAGUCUAAAUUGAUCAUUCAUUAAGAACAUUUUUGUUGUGUGGAACUCUCCUAGAAUGGAGAUAUUUUUCUUGGUAAGGUAGCUUACAUCCUUAAUAGGCUACUUGCUGUUAAUAGACUUGUUUCACAAUAAGGUAGCAUAUAUCAAGAAGGAAAAUAAGUAGGACUGACUGCACUGUACAACAUAACCAGGAUUAUUUGUUUUUACAACAAAUUUUAUCUUGUAGUACUGCUUAAAGUUGUUCAUCCUGUGUGUAAAAAUGACAAAUAUCCAGUAUCUCAAUUGCCAUAUAUUAUAUAUAUAUACAUAAAGAUUGUUUUAUAUGAGUAGGCCUUGUUGUUAAUAGCUUACCUACGUGAUUUAUGUUGCUUUGUACACAUGUAUAUAGUUCAUUGCUACAAUGACAUUAGAUGUUACUACCACUAAGUCAGCUUGUCCUGUUAUAGUUAAAAUACCGCAGUCAGUUUUUAACGUCACACUAAAAUAUAGGGCAGUUUGAUACUUUCAAUUGUCAUUGUUUUGUGAUAUAAAGGUACUUUGUAUUCAAAUUGUCUAGAAUCUGAUGGCAAUUGUCCUAAAUUUUAAGGCAGUUUUUUGUGACCUUGUAAUAUACAGGUUUAGUUUUAAGGCAGUAUGUAUGACCAAGUAAUUAACGGGUUUUAAAGAAUUCAACUCGGAAAUCAGAUGAUUUUUUGGGUAAUCAUUUCAAAAGUAUGUUUACAGUAAGUUACUGUUUCAACAGGUCCUAUUCCUAAUAUGGACAAUUGACAUUUAAACAGGUCCUAUUCCUAAUAUGGGCAAUCAACUCUAGAGACUAUGAGGGGAAGCUGACUGGUUGGCAGUUACUGUUAUAUGACAAACAUGUACAGUACCAUUUCGUACCAAAGAUGAUAUAUAUAUAUAUGUAUAUAUAGAUGAUGUACAGAAAUUUACUGAUGUUAAAAAGGUGGAAGAAAGUUUUUUCUGAUUUCCUUUUUUAGGGAAAAAUAACUUUUAUGUUGAUUGUCAAAUUAUCAUAUUAGAAAAAAAAGUAUUAAUAAUAUUAAGUUUUCAUAUUGGGAGUUUUUGUAGGUGAUAAAAAAACUCUGAUAAUAAAAGAUUAAAGUCCUGUAUAGUUCUGAUUUACUCAACCUUUAUUUUGAUAGAGGUGGAUUUUGUGUCAUGGUCUAAUUUAGUCCUUUACCCCUGAAGACACAUUUGUACUCUUCCAAUUCAAAGGUUGGAAUAGCUCAUGAAAUUUCAGGGGUGAAUGAGUUAAAUGUAAUCGCUUAAGUGAUUACUGUUGUUACUAACUCUGUGUCUGGGCAUUAGACUCUCUAAUGGUGGAGUGUAUAGUCUCUUUACAUCAACAUUUCUGGUAAUGAUAACUUUGUGGUCCUGUUGGAGCAAGGCCCUCGCUGGGCACUGAGGCCUGUGGUCAUUUUGUGGUCCUGUUGAGGUGAGGCUAUGGGUACUGAGGCCUGUGCUCAUUUUGUGGUCCUGUUGAGGUGAGGAUAUGGGUACUGAGGCCUGUGCUCAUUUUGUGGUCCUGUUGAGGUGAGGCUAUGGGUACUGAGGCCUGUGCUCACUUUGUGGUCCUGUUGAGGUGAGGCUAUGGGUACUGAGGCCUGUGCUCAUUUUGUUGUCCAGUUGGGGCGAGUAGCUCUAUGGGUACUGAGGCCUGUGGUCAUUUUGUUGUCCAGCUGGGGUGAGUACCUCUAUGGGUACUGAGGCCUGUGUUCAUUUUGUUGUCCAGUUGGGGCGAGUAGCUCUAUGGGUACUGAGGCCUGUGGUCAUUUUGUUGUCCUGCUGGGGCGAGGCCCUCUAUGGGUACUGAGGACUGUGGUCAUUUUGUUGUCCAGUUGGGGUACUGGAGGUCUAUGGUAUACAGGACUUAUAUCUUACCAGCAAUUAAUUCAGUAAUAAUUUGUUAAUGUGUUAUUUUGUCAUUUUGCAUGAAGUACAUUCUGUUGUUAUCAUUUAAAAUGAAUCAUUUUUAAUUUGUGUCACAUGCUGUAGUUAAUUAUUCUCUUAUAUCUGUCGCAUUUAAUAUCUCUUACUUUUCAUGUUCGCUCAUAAACUACUGUUAACCGGAUAUAAAAAUAUGUAUAUUCCAUUGAUAUUUCCUUACCUUCCUAAUACAGUUCAGAAGAUGUUGAGAGCUGGUUGUCACUACCUUGUAUAAGGGGAAGAACAGAGCAAAUUGUUGCCUAGUUUAACUUGUCCUUUCACCAUGGUUACAAUUUACCUCCAUAUGGGGGUAUAAGACCUCAUAAAACAGCUUUUGACCCUAAAAAUGUUAGAGAAUUGUCAUAUAAAGGGGUCAGAAUUUGUGAUUUAUGCCUGAUUUUACCCCCAACUUUUAUGUCUUGUAAAAACACUGUUCAUCCUCUGUAAAGAGGAAAAAUCAUGAGAGUUUACUCCAGUACACAGCCUAAAAUGCAUGGUAUUUCUAGUAUGAAGGUGAAAUUAAGACCGGGUGAUUAACUCAUUCACCCCUGAAGACACAUUUGAAAUCUUUUGAGUUCAAUAGUUGGAAUGGUUCAUUAUGAAAUUCAGGGGUGAAUGAAUUGAGGAUGAAUAUUUGAAUUUGACAUGAUUGACGGCUAGUUAUCUGCGUGGCAUUAUGAUCAAGUCACCUGACCGGUCAGUCUGGUUAAACGCAGUGGUCACUUCCUCUGUUAUCUCAAGUCUCACUAAACUUCAGACUCCAUGUUCCUCAAAAUAGUUUCACACAAUGUCAGUAACAAACUGAAGUUUUUCAUCUAUCAUAUUAAUAGUGUAUCUUCACUUCUUAUAGAAAACAACUAUAUUUGUAUAUUUUGAUUUGGUCUCUUAAAAUAGAGAUUUAAAUCUUCAUUUCUAACAGAACAAUUCCUUAAAAUUUACUUUUAGCAACCACACAAUUUAAAAUGGGUUUUAAAUUACGGAGAUGCACAGUUCGUGUUCAACUAUCGGUUCUUAAUGCAGUACCCGCAACUAAAAAUAUUCUCAAAAAGCCUUCAAUUUUAGUUAUCUCGGUCUAAACUUCAUGAGCAUUGAACAUUCAUUUAGUUUUUUUCCUAACUAGAGUGCAGUAUUAAGUUGAGGACAAUAGCUUGUUUAGAGAGAGGAAAACUUAGUAGGAGUGUGUUUGAAAAAGAGGAGAUCGCUUUCUUAACAAGAUUAACCAAUACUGAUAAAAUUUAAGUAAUCAUACUAAUUCGGAAGCAGAUGAUAAAAUGUUGAGAUAUACUUGUAGAAAUGUGUCCUAUAUCCACAUACUUUUUCACCACAGACAGAUGUUUUUCUCAUGGCUAGGAAAGUAAUGGGUUGGAAUGAAGCACAAACAAUGUGAUGUCUACCUCAUGUUUCCCUGUACCUUUGUAUACGGUUGAAUAAGCAAUACUAUAGUACAGUAUCACCACACUAUUGAUAUGUCCAAAAUUGCACUUUUGUGAAUAAAAAUAACGGUUGUCUGCCUUGGGUGAGAGAGUGGAGAUGGUUAUCUCCCUUUGGGAGAGUGCAGCAUUAUGAUUACCAUGGUAACCAGGAUCUGGACCAUCACAUCUCUUGAUUGUUUUGUCUCCUGUAACGUUGACAUUUGUUUAAUUAACAAUGCAUGUAUGAUUUGUAAUGAUUUGUUGAAAACUUAAGGGAUAAAAUGUUGUACGGUGAAAGAUUUGAAAUAAUCAAACCUCUUGGCCACAAAGGCUUGUCGAAACAAGACCAUUGGUCAGUCAUUAAUGACGGGGUAAUAAUGAAAUGUUAACAAAUUAUUUUAAAAAAGAAUUAACAUAAAAAAAUGAUUUUUUUCCUAUGGAUAUUUUAUGUAAUAGUCGUUUUCCUAAUUUGACAAUACUUGUAGGUCUUCGUUUUAUCAUUUUGAUUUUAACAGUUAAUUUUGUACAUCAUUGUUUCAUUUGAUCCUCUGACCCCUGUAAAGCGUAGUGUACCUGUCUAGUUCAGGGUAUCAAGGACAGCUCAUUAUGUGAUAUUAGGGGGACUUAUUUUACUAUUUUUAAGCCGGUACUAUAUUUGGUAACUACCUUUGUACACAGAAUAUGUGUUGAUACAUUGUAUAUUAUUGUAAUGAUCUGUAAGGAAUUAUGUCAAUCAGUACCUGAUAAAGAGGGAUUCAUGUUUAAUGUAAGGGGAAUAACUCUUCAUAUUAAAUACAUUGACUCUUGUUACUAAUACGGAAUACAUGGGGGGAAAUAUCCAUCAAAAACUUAAUUGAGCGUAAGAGGCAAUCCUAUUGAGAGAAAAAAAUCUGAGUAGUUACUUGAUGUUUAAGUAACAGUUAAAAAAAAAGUCAGUAAUCGCCUUUCCCAAGGGAGGUAAUUCUUGUACGACCCAUGGAGUCCCUUGUACAGUUUGUCAUUAGUUAACUUGCCCCGGUUCGAUGGAGCUGUUGGGCGAAUGAAGGUUGUUAUGGUGAUUUGAGACGGAACUGUAAAGUGAUUUUUGUCAGUGCAGUGUUACACCUGGUCAACACUUUGUAAAGGUGUACAAGGCACACAUUAUCAAAUACACUAUUUUUAUAUACACAA